AUGACGGACAAGCUUGACCACGCCGACAACACGCGCCUGGCGGAGGAGGCGGCUGCGAAGGAGCGCCAGAUGGGCUUUAGGGAGGUGCUCGCGACGUACUACCCUGCUGCUCUGUGGUCGGCGUUCCUGUCCUGCGGGCUCAUCAUGGAGGGGUACGACAUUGGCAUUAUCAACGCUUUCUUCGGGCAGAACGAGUUUAUCAACCACUUUGGGCACACGAACGCCCAGGGGAAGAAGUACAUCCCCGCGACUUGGCAGUCACUUAUGAACAACGGUGCCCAGAUCGGCCAGAUCAUCGGCCUGCUCAUCAAUGGCUACGCUCAAGCCAAGUUCGGCUCGAAACGUACCUACGCGGCAGGCAUGAUUCUCAUGGUGGGGGCCAUCUUCCUGCCCGUAUUCUCCAAGAACCUGCCCAUGCUGUUUGGUGGUGAACUGCUGUGCGGCAUCCCGUGGGGCAUCUUCCAGACCCUCACAACGGCGUACGCGGCCGACAUCUGCCCCGUCAUCCUGCGUGCCUACCUCGCCUCCUAUGUCAACAUGUGCUGGGGCAUUGGCCUCUUCCUCGCCGCCGGCAUCGUGCGCGCGUCGCUCCAGAUCCAUGGCAUAUGGGGCUGGCGCAUGCCGUACGUCCUCCAGUGGUUCUGGCCCGUUCCGCUAUUCAUCGGUGUGAUGUUCGCUCCUGAGAGUCCCCGCUGGCUCGUUCAGAAUGGCCGGAACGAAGAGGCACGAGAGACGAUCCGCCGCCUCGCCCGCACCGGACACUACACCGAGGAGGCUCUCGACGCCCAGGUCGCCCUCUUGGUCCACCAGAAUGAGCUUGAGAAGGAGGAGGCGUCAGGCCGCAGCUAUGCCGACUGCUUCAAGGGGACGAACCGCCGCCGCACUGAGAUUUGCUGUGUUGUCUGGGCGAUUCAGAUCCUGUGUGGCCAGGCAAUCGCGGGAUACGCCACCCAGUUCCUUCGUGCCGCUGGCAUGAGCCAGACGGGAGCCUUCAACAUCAACCUCAUCAGUUACAGCAUGUUUCUCGUGGGUGGAUUUGUCUACUGGAUCACCACGCACCACUUUGGCCGCCGCACAAUCCAGCUUACGGGCCUCGGUAUGCUGGCGUGCUCGCACGCCGUGCUCGCAGCGAUGGGAUUCGUGCAUGCCGCCCACCCGGAGAACAACAACAUUGCGCGUGCGAUUGGUGGUAUCCUCGUGAUCACAAACUUCUCCUUCACCACGACCCUCGGGCCGGGCACCUACGCGAUCGUCGCCGAGAUGCCGUCGAGCAGAGUGCGCCCCCCGACAGUUGCACUCGCGCGUGUGUGCUACGUUGUCUCUGCCAUCGUCAUACAGCAGCUCCUUCCCCGGAUGCUCACGCCCCAGGGGUGGGGAUGGGGUACCCGCGCCAGUUGCCUCUUCAUCGGUACCUGCGUCGCCAGCUGGAUCUACUGCUACUUCCGCCUGCCCGAGACCAAGGGCCGGACGUACGGCGAGCUCGACAAAUUGUUCAGCCAGAAGGUCCCUGCCCGCCAAUUUGCGAGCAAGAGCGUCAAUGAGUUUGCCCGGGUCGAUCAUGACGCGCCAUCCGACGCCAAAGACGAGGAGGAGCGUAUCGAGGACAUGAAGAAGCACUAG